CACUCACUCUCUCUCUCUCUCCUCUUUCUCCCUCUUCAAAUUCAUCUUCUCUCACUCCUCAUCUUUUUUUUUCCUUUUAUUUCUUUGACGUUCAUACGUAAAUACAUGCGAACAAAGGUUUCGAAUUCUCAUAUGAUCAUCGCGGGUUCUCGCAGCUGCUGUCUUGUCCGUGGAGCUCUCUGAAAAAGCUCAUCACGUCCAAAGACAUAUAUACGAGAAUUUACCUUCCAAGAGUUUGGGAGAAAGUUCUGAGAAAAAAUAGUUAUGGCUAAGGAACAACUGCAAGUUCUCAAUGCACUUGAUGUGGCGAAAACACAAUGGUAUCAUUUCACAGCCAUUGUGAUUGCUGGGAUGGGAUUUUUCACCGAUGCCUAUGAUCUAUUCUGCAUCUCUCUGGUCACGAAAUUGCUCGGCCGCAUAUACUACCACCACGAGGGGGCGGGGAAGCCCGGCACUCUGCCACCUAAUGUCUCGGCCGCUGUCAAUGGUGUGGCCUUCUGCGGCACACUCGCAGGGCAGCUCUUCUUUGGAUGGCUUGGUGACAAGUUAGGCCGGAAGAAGGUGUAUGGAAUGACCCUUAUGCUGAUGGUGAUCGCUUCAGUUGCUUCGGGGCUUUCAUUUGGUGAUCGGCCUAAGGCCGUCAUGGCAACGCUCUGCUUCUUCCGGUUUUGGCUUGGGUUUGGCAUUGGUGGUGACUACCCGCUUUCGGCCACCAUCAUGUCAGAGUAUGCCAACAAGAAGACUCGUGGGGCGUUUAUAGCUGCUGUGUUUGCCAUGCAGGGAUUUGGGAUUUUGGCGGGCGGUAUGGUGGCGAUCAUUGUUUCUGCUUCGUUCAAGGCUGCGUAUCCGGCCCCUACGUAUCAAGAGAACGCCCUUGCCUCUACUGUCCCGGCAGCUGAUUAUGUUUGGCGUUUGAUCCUAAUGUUUGGGGCUCUCCCUGCGGCCCUGACGUACUACUGGCGUAUGAAGAUGCCGGAAACGGCACGUUACACAGCAUUAGUCGCCAAGAAUGCAAAACAGGCGGCUUCUGAUAUGUCAAAGGUGCUGCAAGUCGAGAUUGAGGCAGAACAAGAGAAAGUGGAGAAGUUUGCUCAGGAGAAAGGGAAUGACUUUGGGUUGUUCUCUAAGGAGUUCCUUCGACGCCACGGACUCCACUUGCUCGGCACAACCAGCACAUGGUUCUUGCUUGACAUCGCCUUUUACAGCCAAAACCUCUUCCAGAAGGACAUAUUCAGCGCAAUUGGAUGGAUUCCCCCAGCCAAGACGAUGAAUGCACUUGAAGAAGUUUACAGAAUCUCAAGGGCUCAAACUCUGAUUGCCCUCUGCAGCACAGUUCCAGGCUAUUGGUUCACCGUAUUCUUCAUCGACAGAAUCGGGAGGUUCGCCAUCCAACUAAUGGGAUUCUUCUUCAUGACGGUAUUCAUGUUCGCGUUGGCAAUCCCCUAUACACACUGGACUCACAAGGACAACAGAAUCGGCUUCGUAAUCAUGUACUCACUCACUUUCUUCUUCGCCAACUUCGGCCCUAAUGCCACCACAUUCGUCGUCCCAGCCGAGAUCUUCCCAGCUAGGCUAAGGUCAACAUGCCACGGCAUAUCAGCCGCUUCAGGCAAGGCCGGAGCAAUAGUUGGGGCAUUCGGGUUCUUAUACGCAGCUCAGUCUAAGGACCCUAGCAAGAGGGACGCCGGCUAUCCAGCCGGUAUUGGGGUCAAGAACUCGCUCAUCGUGCUCGGCUGCGUCAACGCACUAGGUAUGCUUUUCACAUUCCUGGUGCCCGAGUCGAAGGGGAAAUCGUUGGAGGAAAUGUCGAAGGAGGGCGAGGAUGAGAGUGGAAGUGUAGAGACGAGGCAACCAGGGGUCAAUGACAUUAGGACAGUUCCAGUUUGAUCUUAACUAUAUAUAUAAUGUGUAUCCGAGCAAGUAUGUUCAAGAUGUUGAGGCGAAAUAAGCCGUAUAUUUAUCUGUUUCUGUGGUGGGAAUCAGUUGUUUAUUUGUAAGAGUAGAUGUUGAUUAAUGUUUCUGACUAAGGUUUUCAAGAAAGUCUUACGUUGCCAACACAAAUCUUAAAUGACUAUGUUGUAAUAUGACCAGAAUGAAGAUUUUCUGGGAAUUGUUCACUGA